AGCGGAACCUGUGUUUCCGGUUGUGUGGCUAGCUUGAUGCUAGCAGCCGAAGCUAAGUUGGUCUUUAGGCUUCAUGCUGCCGCUGACGGACAACGUGUGUGCCUCUCAGGUCAAUGAAGGUGUUGAACAUCAGACUGUCAGAACAGUUUCGACCGUUUGAAGGAAACAUUUGUGACACUUUGACCCGCCAGUGACUGAACGAACCACACAGACACUGAACGGUACCCGGCAGCUAAAGCUAGGUGAGCUGGCUCGUUAGCUAGCAUCUGGGCGAGCACAGCAGAAUGGAUCUGUUUGACGACCUACCGGAACCCACACAGAAUCCCGUUUCAGCAGCUCGACCACCGUCCACCAGAGAGGAGGAAGAAGAGGAAGAGGAGGAGACAAGAUUCAAACGAAAGAGAGAAGAUGAGGAUGAGGACGGUCACAGUGAUAAAAAGGAUGAAGAGGAGGAGGAGCGGGGGGAGAUCAAGAAAGUUUGUAAAGAAGGUCUCCCGGCACUGAGAGGCUACGUGGCGGCGAGGCGCGGCGAGCGGGAGGAGAUGCAGGACGCUCACGUGUUGCUGCCGGACAUGAGCAGCUGUCUGUCUGCUCUGCCGGGACAAGUGUCUCGUGUGUCGUACUUCGCUGUGUUCGACGGUCACGGAGGAGCUCGAGCGUCUCGAUUCGCUGCAGAGAAUCUUCAUUACAAUCUGGCCAAGAAGUUCCCGAGUGGAGAAACAGAGAAUUUGGACAAGCUGGUAAAGAAAUGUCUGCUGGACACUUUCCGCCUGACAGAUGAAGAGUUUCUGAAGAAAGCUUCCAGCCAGAAGCCGGCGUGGAAGGACGGCACGACGGCCACCUGCCUGCUGGUGGUGGACGACAUGGUGUACGUGGCCAACCUGGGAGACAGCAGGGCGGUGCUGUGUCGGAUGGAGGUGGCGGGAGGAGCAGACGGUCAGAGGAGGGCGGUGACGCUGGCGCUCAGUAAAGAACACAACCCGACCAUCUACGAGGAGAGGAUGAGGAUCCAGAGAGCCGGCGGCACCGUCAGGGACGGCCGGGUGCUGGGUGUCCUCGAGGUGUCUCGCUCUAUCGGAGACGGUCAGUACAAACGCUGUGGCGUCAUUUCAACACCCGACCUGAGGAGGUGUCAGCUCACAGCCAAUGACAGGUUCAUCAUCCUCGCCUGUGACGGCUUGUUCAAAGUGUUUUCUGCUGAUGAAGCUGUAAAAUUCGUCCUCGCCGUCCUGCAGGGCAGCGUGGAGCUGAAGCCGGGCCUGUCGGACCAGGAGCUGAGGUUUGAAGCCGCCUGCCAGCAGCUGGCCAGUGAGGCAGUGAGGCGGGGCUGUGCAGACAACGUCACUGUGAUCCUGGUUUCUAUUGACUCAUGAACACACACACACACCGAACACACACACACACACACACACACACACAGCUGAUCUGAGCAUCUCUUCGUUGUCUUGUUUGUUUUCCAAUAAAAAGCUUUUUUCUUUUA